AUGUCCGCGGUUGAGGAGGAUUUGGCCGCGAAGAGGCUGAAAAUCGUCCUGGUCGGUGACACUGCAUCCGGAAAAACCAGCAUCGCCCAAAAGUUUUGCCACAACGACUUCAACAGACAGUACACGCCCACGUCUGGGAUUGACUUUUACCUGAAGAAUCUCAGCAUUGGUGCUUACAAAAAUGUGAACUUACACCUGUGGGACGUUGGUGGCCUCGCGCUUCAUGGAAAUAUGUUGGACAAAUACGUAUUCGGUGCUCAUAUCGUGCUCUUGGUCUACGAUGUCACGAACAGUUGCAGCUUCGAGGUUCUAGAAGAAUGGAUCGACAAGAUCAGGAGAGUGAACAACAACUACGAGGAAGCACCUCUGAUGGCCGUGGUCGGUAAUAAAUGCGACAUGGAACACCAGAGAUCGGUGAAAAGGGAUCGAAGCCAUAAAUUCGCCGCGGAGAAUGGGUUUCCAUCUCACGAUGUGUCCGCGAGAACCGGUGAAGCGGUGUCUCUGUGUAUAGUGACUUUGGCGGCGCAAAUUUUGGGCGUACGACUAACGAAAACCGAUCAGGACUUUCACAAGCCCAUAAUUAUCGCGGAGAUAGGUGACACUGUCGACAUGAGCACUGUUCAGAAAAUCGUGAAAAGGAUUCCAACCAAGAGACAAACACAGCUACCCUUUUACCCUCAUUUACCCACGUCGAAGUCGGCGGUGUGUGUGUUGCAGUGAGAAAUUCGAUCGUUAAAUAAUUCAUAAUGAAAUUAUUUCCACGCAUAGGGACAUAUAUUAGGAGCAUUAACGUUGUACAUAAGAUAUUGAAAUAUUUUUCGUAAAAAUUCCGAUCGGGACCUGAUUGUUCACUUAUACAUAUUUCGA